AUGGAGCGGAACCGAGACCCAGAGACGGAGCUGCCGCGGGGCCCCGAGGGGGACGGGGACAAGACUCUGUACCAUAGCUGCUGCAUCUGCGCCAAGAGCUUCCCCUUCCAGAGCUCCCUGUCGCAGCACAUGCGCAAGCACACUGGGGAAAAGCCAUACAAGUGUCCCUACUGUGACCACAGGGCCUCCCAGAAGGGUAACCUCAAGAUUCAUAUCCGCAGCCACCGCACAGGGACCCUGGUGCAGGGCCACGAGCCCGAGGCGGGUGAGGCCCCACUGGGUGAGCUGCGCGCGUCCGAAGGCCUGGACACGUGCGCCAGCCCCACCAAAAGCACGUCGGCCUGCAACCGCAUCCUGAAUGGGGCCUCGCAGAGCGAUGGUGACCCUGGUGGCAAGAUUCUGCUGCGGAGCAGCCGCAAGGAGGCCGAUGUGACUGGGGGCGAGGGGAGCCCCUGCUGCCCGGGCGCCCAGGAGCAACCCCUGCUGCCUGCCCCACGGCCCUUCAAGUGCCGGCUCUGCAGCUACCGGACGCUGCGCGAGGACUCGCUGCUCAACCACAUCGAGAAGGACCACAUCACGGCGCAGGUGCCCCCAGGCCGGGGCGUAGAGCCGACAUCCGGGGGUGAGUUCCCGUGCGAGGUGUGUGGCCAGGCCUUCAGCCAGACCUGGUUCCUGAAGGCACACAUGAAGAAGCACCGCGGUUCCUUCGACCACGGCUGCCACAUAUGUGGGCGCCGCUUCAAGGAGCCCUGGUUUCUUAAGAACCACCUGAAGGCGCAUGGCCCCAAGGCAGCCAGCCGCAACCGGCACCCGCGCAGCGAGCUGGAGCCCGUGGCCACCAUCAACGACGUAGUGCAAGAGGAGACGAUUGUCAGUGGCCUGUCCCUCUACGAGGUCUGCACCAAGUGCGGGAACCUCUUCACCAACCUGGCUAGUCUGAGCGCGCACCAUGCGGUGCACCGACGCGCUGACGCGGGCUCAGAUCCAGGCCCUGCCGACGCACAGCAGCGUUUCCUGAGCAGCCUGAGUCUGCGGCCUGCGGGCCCAGGCGACACUCAGGGUGCUACAGGGCGCCGGGUGGCCGAGCUAGACCCUGUCAGUAGCUACCAGGCCUGGCAGCUGGCCACGCGCGGCAGGGUGGCGGAACCGGCCGAAACACUGAAGAUGGGUGGCGCGGAAGAGGUGGCAGGCGGUGCUGAGGCAGUGGGGGAACGUUCGCGCCGCGACUGGGCACUGGCCAGCCCCGACCGACGAAAGCGCGAGCCCCCCGCAACCCCCGCACCCGGCCCCCCACGCAAGCGGCCCAGUGGCCCCGGGGAACCCAGCGCCUCGUCUGUGCCGCCGGGUGACCUGGACUACCGACCAGCUUCACGCCAGGCCCGGCGCGCUGCCUCGGCUCCCGGCGGCGGCAGCGGCAAGUCGUCCGAGUGCUUCGAGUGCGGCAAGGUGUUCCGCACCUACCACCAGAUGGUGCUGCACUCGCGAGUGCAUCGCCGCGCCGCACGCCGCCUCCCCAGGCCACCUGCCCGCAACCGCUGUGGCUCUCUCAGUGACUCGGCCAGCGGGCCCAGCAGCCCCGGCUCGGCCAGCGCCAACGAUGACUCCCCCGGCUCCGGCCUGGCCGAUGAGGCGGCUGAUGAUAGCGGUGAUGACGGCACGCCCGAGUCCGCACCAGGGGCAGAGCCUUACCGUUGCGGCUCCCCAGUGGAAGCAGCUCCAGCUGCUCUGGUUGGUGGAGGUCAGAGCCGCGCAUGCGGGGAAAACGUGACAGGAAAGGGUCCCGGUGCAACCGAGACAGGGGUCCCAACCCCGGACAACAUACUUGAAAACAGCAGAGACGCGCCCAGAAGACCCGAGCCGCGCCGACUCUCCCUGGGCCUGAAGAUGCCAGUCUGUCACCCCAAGUCCGAGGGUACUGCUGAUGCUGACACCCUGCGCCCCCCACAGGAGACACCCUCAUCGGAUACGCGGGGCGGCGAUCCUCCGGGAGCCGGGCCGCUGGACCUGAGCGCGCGGUCGUCCCGGGGAGCAGGGGGCGCACUACAGGCGGCCCUGCCCGUGCACCCCUGCCCCUACUGCAGCCACCGCACCUACUACCCCGAAGUCCUGUGGGUGCACAAGCGCAUUUGGCACCGCGUCAGCGGCAGCGCUGUGGCGCCUCCCUGGGUGCAACCCAACGGCUACAAGAGCGUCAAGAACCACCUGGUGUUCCUGGCGCGCAAUGGCCGCACCGGGCCCCCGCCCGCACUGGGCGGUAAGGAGUGCCAGCCGCUGCCCGUCACCCGCUUUGCCCGCACCCAAGUGCCGGGUGCGGGGCCUGGCCCUCGGGGCGCCUCUCCCCUUCAGGGCGUCACCAGCAAGGCCAGUGGGCCUUCCCGGGCCAAGGAGGGUGCAUCCUGUGAGCCCUGGGCGCCGGGCGCUGACGCGCCUCCCCAGGUCAGGUCUGGCCUCGCCCCUGUGCACAGCAGCCCCUCGGCCCCGCCCAGGCCCAGGCUGGAGCCCACCGCCCAGCCCACCGCGGCGGCCUCAGUCAUUGCCCGUGCCGGUCCCCCCACCCCCAGCAAGCUGGUUGAUAAGCUGGGGCCAUCCUCCACGAGGUCCAGCCCGGGUCCCCCACCCAAGCACAGUGCCCCGGACUCCGAGAAAGCCAAAUUCAGCCCCCCGCCACCGUGCCAGCCUCCCGGGAAAGGCGAUGGGCCCCCAGCUCUACCUCCCCGUGAGCCCCCCUGCAAGGUCGCCCCCGAGCCCAGGACGAUGGGCGGUGCUUCGGUGGCCAGGGGCAGCCCGGCCAUACAGGCGCAGCCCUCGACUGGUGUGCCCCCAGAGCUCCGCUCCGGCACACAGGAGUCCCCCGCUGAGGGCUCAGAGAAGCGCCGGGACAUCCUCAGCAUAUUCAAGACCUACAUUCCAAAGGACCUUGUUAACCUCUACCAGAGUUGGGGCUCCAACGGCCCCACCCUGGAGCAUCGAGGGAUGCUUCGUAUGCAGGCCCGCCAGGGAGAGCUCGUGUGCACCGAGUGUGGGAAGAGCUUCACGCAGCCCAGCCACCUCAGGGCCCACACGCGGGCGCACACAGCAUCUAGCUGCCUGGUGGUUGAGUGUGAGAUGAGCCUGUUUGCCUCCCCAGAUGUGAACAUGCUACCGUACCACAUGGCCACCAGCAUCUACUUCUGCAGAACACGCCGCUGCACCUCCUUUUUGCAUGGGCGCUGGUUGGGCACAUGGACCCCUCGGAACCAGCUGGAAGACUCCCUACUGAACACCUCAAGUCCUGGAGCCGAUGUGCUGGCGACCUUUUCGUAUCAGGGCUACAUCGUGCAGGCGGCCGCCGAGGAAGCUGCAGCCACCCAGCCCGCCCGCUCCCCUUGGCUCCAGUCGCUGCAGAAGAGUCCUGGGUCCUCCUUAGGGUGCUCGGUGCUCUGGGACCUCUGCUCCCCGCCUCCCCCUCCCCACCUCAGCCAGGGGCCCCUGGCUGCCUGGGUGGCGGUCACCGGGCCCAUGGCUGGGGGAAUUGCUUUAUAUACCUCUUCUUCAUUACUCUUUCAGAUGCAAGUUGUUUUUGUGGUGGGGGCUCAUCGGCCCUCCGCCCCUUUUGGCUUCUCUCUUCGCCACUGUAAAUACACGGUGGCCAUUCCGGAGCUGGCCGCGCUCCCGUCUGUUUCUGUUAGUGAUUAA